CACAGUGUCGCGAAAGGAAGAGGCGGGGCGGGCGCGCCGCCGUUAGUGCUCCGGCUCCGCCAACGGUCGUCGUUGCCCAGAUCCCCGCGGCCGCAUUCUCCCUGGGUCCCAGUGCGCGUGACCCAUCUCUCCCUUGCGCGCUCGCCCCCUUCACCGGCGCAGUCGCCGCGCGGGGCGGUCGCCCGGAAGGUAGCCAUCACGGCUUGUGACAACGGAUAAAGCUCCGGGACAGCGGCGCCCUCCGGCCCGGCCGCGCAUCCCCCGCCCGGCAGGCGCGACUUGAGCCUGGUCCGCCAUCCGCGGGAUGCUCCUUGAGCCCCUUCUCCAACUGUUACCUCCGGGGGACUGUUGCGGCCACACCGGCAGCUUUUACCCAGCGCUUAUCCAGUGAAACAAUUUGGUAACCGUUUCAAGGGAGCAUCCGUUCGGUCAGGAAAUCUGGGACCGAGCCGCUGUGAAGAUUGUCGCGCCUUCCUGUAACUACCAGUGUGCACAGAACCCGCUCAAGGAUCGUCGUGGUACAGCGAUGCGAAGAACUGACGUUUCAAGUUGGAAGAGCCUGUGUCCUCAUAAUAUUGUAGAAGAAUUCAAGAUAGGAGGGAGAGAGGCAGCAGCGAAUGAAGACUGUAAAAGACCAGAAGGAAUGUCAAGUAUUGAGAAAGUCUGCCAAGACAAGGAGGGCGACCCGGAGGAAGCUGUCCUCAGGGCCCGUUUGCCUGCUAUGCCUUCGAGAACCUGGGGAUCCCGAAAAAUUAGGGGAAUUUCUUCAGAAAGACAAUCUGAGUGUGCAUUAUUUCUGUCUUAUACUGUCUAGCAAGCUGCUUCAGAGGGGCCGGUCCAACAGAGGUUUCUAUGGAUUCCUGCCUGAAGACAUCAGAGAGGAGGCAGCCCGGGCUUCUAGGAAGACCUGCUUUGUGUGCAAGGAAAAGGGAGCUGCCAUCAACUGCCAGGAGGGUCAGUGCGCCAGAAACUUCCAUCUGCCUUGUGGCCAGGAGAGGGGCUGCCUUUCACAGUUCUAUGGAGAGUACAAGUCGUUUUGUGGGAAACAUCGUCCAACACAGGACAUCCAACGGGGGCAGGUGGGGGAGCAGAGCUGCGUCUUGUGCUGUGAAGACUUAUCCCAAGCGAGCGUUGAGAACAUCCAGAGCCCGUGCUGCAGUCGGCCUGUCUACCACCGCGAGUGCAUACAGAAGUAUGCCCACACAUCAGCAAAGCAUUUCUUCAAAUGUCCACAGUGCAACAACCGAGAAGAGUUUCCUCAAGAAAUGCUAAGAAUGGGGAUUCAUAUUCCAGACAGAGAUGCUGCCUGGGAACUCGAGCCAGGGGCUUUCUCAGAGCUGUAUCAGCACUAUCAGCAUUGUGAUGCCCCCGUCUGUCUCUAUGAACAAGGCAGAGACAGCUUUGAGGAUGAAGGGAGGUGGUGCCUCACUCUGUGUGCUACAUGCGGAUCCCGAGGGACCCACAGGCACUGCUCCUCCCUCAGAUCCUGCAGCAAGACGUGGGAGUGUGAGGACUGCGCGCCUUCCGCAGAAGCCGCAGACUGCACAGCUGAAAACUCGGGGGACACCCCCUGCUGCAGCAGCACCUUCAGCUCUGGGCAUUUCUGCACAGGCACCAGCCCGGAUGAGCAUCUAGGCCCUUGCACUGAUCGGCCGGGACCUUCCUUGUUAGAAAAACCAGAGUCCUCCAGUGGCCGGCGGGGCCGCUCCGGGCAGCCCAAGGGUGCCAGAAUGACCAAGAGCUACAAAAAAUCCAAGUAAGGGCUUCUGAGUAUCGCUGCUAAGCACAUCUGGGUCCAAAGCUGGACUCCUCCACCGGCUUUGAGGGAGGAGGCACUUUGGGAUGUGAGACGAGGGAAGGGGCCAGCAGUGAGCCUGAGCCGAGGCCAGGGAGGUCCAGGGGAGCAGAGAACGACGCCGGCUGCGGGAGCGCGCCUGAUCCCCAGCCGCUCUUUUCUUUGCCUUUCCCGACUCGGGAUUCCACCUCUGAGGUUCUCAGGUGCCUCUUAUUCCACCCACGUAUGUCAUUCUGCAAAUAAAAGUUUUCUCUCCA